AGAGGAGUGGCACACCAGUGUGGGACAGAAGGAGCUACAGGCCCCCUCCCACAUUAAAGAGGAGCAGCUUCAUGAUGAAGAUGAAGCUCAGUCCUUACAGCUUCAUCACAGUCAAAGUGAGGAGAACAGAGGGGCGGAGCUUGUAAGUCAACACAUCACAGAAGCUGAUGGAGAGCAUUGUGAAGAUAUCAAGUCAGAACCAGACAGCAUCUUUGCUCCACUGUCAGACAUGGACCACAUGAUGUCACACUCUUCUGAUCACAGUGACCACAUCCAAAAAUCUUUGGAGAGUAAAAAUGACUCUAAAGGUGAUACGAGACAUCACACUAACAACAAACACUUUGACUGCUCUGAAUGUGGGAAAUCAUUUAGACGGAAGAGUCAUUUUACAGAACACAUGAGAACACAUACUGGAGAGAAACCUUUUACUUGCUCUGUUUGUGCUAAAAGAUUCAACACCAUGUAUGAAAUGAUAUCACACAUGAGAACACACACAGGUGAGAAACCUUUUACUUGCUCUGUUUGUAAGAAUAGUUUCUCCACAAAGCAAGUCAUGACCACACACAUGAGAACACACACUGGAGAGAAACCUUUUGCUGGCUCAACUUGUGCUAAAAGAUUCAAUAAUAAGAAUGACAUGACCACACACAUGAGAACACACACAGGUGAGAAACCUUUUACUUGCUCUGUUUGUGCUAAAAGAUUCAACACCAUGUAUGAAAUGAUAUCACACAUGAGAACACACACAGGUGAGAAACCUUUUACUUGCUCUGUUUGUAAGAAGAGUUUCUCUAGAAAGCAACACAUGACCGCACACAUGAGAACACACACUGGAGAGAAACCUUUUUCUUGCUCAGCUUGUGCUAAAAGAUUCAACACUAAGAAGGAAAUGAUAUUACACAUGAGAACACACACAGGUGAGAAACCUUUUAUUUGCUCUGUUUGUAAGAAGAGUUUCUCCAAAAAGUGUAACAUGACCACACACAUGAGAACACACACGAGAGAAACAUUUUGCUUGCUCAGCUUGUGCUAAAAGAUUCAACACCAAGUAUGAAAUGAUAUCACACAUGAGAACACACACAGGUGAGAAACCUUUUACUUGCUCUGUUUGUAAGAAGAGUUUCUCCAGUAAAGGUGACAUGACCACACACGUGAGAACACACACUGGAGAGAAACCUUUUUCUUGCUCAGCUUGUGCUAAAAGAUUCAACACUAGGAAUUACAUGAUAUUACACAUUAGAACACACACAGGAGAGAAACCUUUUACUUGCUCUGUUUGUAAGAAGAGUUUCUCCAGAAAGGAACACAUGACCAUACACAUGAGAACACACACUGGAGAGAAACCUUUUGCUUGCUUAGUUUGUGCUAAAAGAUUCAACACUAAGAAGGAAAUUAUAUUGCACAUGAGAACACACACAGGUUAGAAACAUUUUACUUGCUCUGUUUGUAAGAAGAGUUUCUCCAGAAAGGAACACAUGACCACACACAUGAGAACACACACUGGAGAAACCGUUUAGUUGCACUGUGUGUGAUAAAAGGUUCAUGUAUAAGUAUCAGGUCAGUAGACACAAGUGUGUAACAGUCAUGGAAGCUGCAGGGAUGUAAAAACACUUAAACAGGGAUUGUGCUAAAUGUAGUUUAAAAACACAGCAUGUUUAAUAAGAAUGUAUAUUUGAUGUUGUAUGUAGUGCUUCUCAUCUUCUAGUCUUAUAUGUUGGCCUGUAGUUACUUUUUAAGUUGAGUGCAUGUAUUGAAUAUUAUAUAUGUAGCAACUAUUUUAUUUUCUCAUCUUUGAAGAGAGGACAUCUUAUUAUUUUCAUUGUUUUUUUCCACACAUUUUUUCCAUUGCAUUUUAUUGA